GCCAAGGACGAUCUCACAGGCGUCUCCAUCUGCAGGAAAUGCAUUGCCCCCAAGCCAGCUCGCACCCACCACUGCAGCAUCUGCAACAGGUGUGUGCUGAAGAUGGACCACCACUGCCCCUGGCUGAACAACUGUGUGGGACACUACAACCACCGCUACUUCUUCUCCUUCUGCCUGUUCAUGACCAUGGGCUGUAUCUACUGUAGCAUCAGUGGCUGGGAGAUGUUCCGGGAUGCCUAUGCAGCCAUCGAGAGAAUGAAACUGCUUGAGAAGGAGAGACUGCAGGUGGCUGCCAACCAGACGUAUUACCAGACCCCGCCGCCCACCUUCUCCUUCCGCCAGCGAGCUUUCCACAAGAGCGUGGUCUACCUUUGGGUCCUGUGCAGCUCAGUUGCGUUGGCCUUGGGUGCCCUCACGCUGUGGCACGCCGCCCUCAUCACCCGUGGGGAAACCAGCAUCGAGCGGCACAUCAACAAGAAGGAGAGGCAGAGGCUGCAGAAGAAAGGCAAGGUCUUCAGGAACCCUUACAGUUACGGCAGCUGGGAUAACUGGAAGGUGUUUCUGGGCGUGGAUGUGCCAAGGCACUGGCUCACCCGUGUCCUGCUGCCCUCUCCUCACCUGCCCCAUGGGACAGGCCUGAGCUGGGACCUGCCUCCCUGCAUAGCCGAGCAUCGCGUACCGCUCCUGGCCAUCUGA